AUGGUAAUGAGACAAAUUGGCAGGAGUACGCCGGAAAUUGUGGAACUGGGCGACCCGGUGCAGCUCAACUUCAUGGAUGCGGCACUCACAGGAGGAUUUUCGUUGGAUAGCUGCUAUGCCACGGAUCGAAAGAAUUUGCGGAAUAUAUCGUUAAUACAGAAAGGUUGCUCGAUGCCUGGCCAAGAUCAUGUCGUUACACAUCGAAUUCGAUAUCGAGAUGAUGGCUUUACAUUUGCGAUAAAAGCUUUCAAAUUCUCCGACGGCGAAUCGGUACGUAUCACGUGUUUGGUCAAGAAAUGUACUGGAUGUCCGCAUCCAACUUGUCACCAAGUAGCAAAAAGAAGUCCCGAGCUAGAGAUGCCACACCCGAGCGCCGAGGUGACACGGAUUGUAGCGGAAUUUACCGUCGAAAAAAGCCACCAAAACCUCUGCGCCGAGACGUCAUUACUCUAUUCCGUCGCCGCAAUUUUCAUUUCGUUUUUCAGCGUUGAGUUGCUUGCACUAACUAUAUUAUGUAGAAGGCAAAAACGGAUUACGGCCAAUAAA